CUCCAGCGUCCGUCCGCAUGUGCCCUGGCGAUGAGGGCACGCCGCCACAAAGGAAGAGGAAGGGGUCCUCGUCAACUAGAGAAGGCAAGAGGGGCAGGCCAACCGACUCCGAGAGGAGGAGCUCUUUCCGGAUUAGUUCCGCUGGCCCGGAGAGAUCAGACGAUGAUGGUAGCUCAGAGAGUUCGGCAGGGGAGGGUGAUGCCUGCGAGGAUCUGCCAGGGCACGGUGAUGACCCCAAUGGUUCAGGAGCAGGCGCUGCUGGCCACCCACAUGGAUCUCCUGACGCCCCGUCGAAGAAUGUGGCCACAGGUGGAAAAAUUGUGGUGGCUCACACUCCCAACACCCCUCCAAGGUUCGAAGGGUUGCUGAGGACUAUUACAUCGCUCAUUCCCUGUGAGCAUAAAGGGAAGUCAUACGAAUGUAGCUCGGGACGGAUGAAUGCGUUUCUAAGAUGGAGCCAAGCACAUAAUGCAUUAUUUUUCGAGUGGAACGAUGAUAAAAUGGAAAUGACAUGUUGGAUGCAUAAUAUCAAGAAAGGAGAGUCUUUCAAGUUUACCGUCAACGCAGCAUUUUCACAUCAAAUGGAUAACGUAAGUGUGGAAAGAGCAGCAGUUGCAUUCUCAGAAAAUUUUAUUGGUGAUGAUGAAUACUGGUCAGAUUUAAAAGACACGCUUCUGAAUAUGUUUGGUUCUUUCGAAGAUAAAGGUUUGAAAGACUACGAUUAUCUUUAUGUCUUCACAAGAGUGGGAGAUUCCAUCUGUUUUAGAAAUUUUAAGAUAACCAGUUUGCCCAAGGCUGAUGAUGCUUCCAGUGGGUUUGUGCUCACAGAGAUCAACACCACAUUUUUCUUAAAGCUUGUCCAUGACCAGGUGAACCCCAACAGCUCAGAUAUAAGUCCACGUCUUACACAAAACCAGAUUCCUACAGAAUUGAUACUCUGUCCGGUUAUCAUGUAUAGUAUUCCAAAUGGACCGAUGGGUUCUUGCUUACCGCAUUGUGCUGAUUUCAGUGGAGAAACUUAUUCAAUCCUUCUUGAGGAUGGACCUUAUAUAUCAUCGUUGGAGAAACUCGAUGGGUUUAAUACAUCGCUAGCAGAGAUAGUGAUGAAAGAACCCUUGCUGAAAAUGAAACACAUUAUUGGGUCCAUAACAGAUAAGACACACUGUUUUGCUCGACAAAGAUGCAAAUCAAUUCUUCAGUCUUUGUUUGCUGAACUUGCAAUGCUGUUUGAGUCUGGGAAAUGCAUCAGUUGCCCAGCUGACAUAGGAAUGCAUCACGUUCUCGUUAGAGCAAACAAGGUCAAGCUAUAUGGGUUACCUGUCACAGAUUAUGUUGAAAAAUUGGCCGAGGAAAAUGUUAUAUCACUUGUGGGCAUGGUUAAAAGUUGUUUCCCUCAAGGUGAGAUACCCACUGACUUGUAUGAACUCCUUGCGGAUUUGGAGAAGGAUCCAUUGAAUGAAAUAAGAACGGCAAAGGAGGACUGCUCGUUGCUCAAGGCAGAAGUCAGAAGACGCUUGUUGAUCAACAUCAACUCUGAAUAUAUGACAAACGUGCCAGCAAAAUCUAAUGAUGACUCUGAUGGCAAGAUAGAUGAGUUCAGCUUUUUUGAUGGCUGUCCAGAUGCAAAAGACUGGGACCUAAUCAUGAAAGACAAUGAGUAUAUGGUUCAGAUUUGUAAUGUGGAAAAGAGUUUUGAGACAGUUCACAACGUCAAUGCUUCCGUGGUGGAGAGAAUGGAAAAAAAGAGGAAAAUUGGUAAAAACACCACGAACAUCAGAAAGAUGACAAAAAAGAAGAAAGGAGAGGCUAACAAAGGCAAGCUCCAAUUCAGCAGCUACAUGAAUUUUGAGAUGCGCAUGCCUGAAAAGGCAAGAAAGGAUGGUAUACUUCCCUUUAGGCUUGGUAUGGCUGACUAUAUCUUGACUGCUUACUUCCCUGGAUUUCUACGGUUCGUUCAAAAGAGGAUGAGGGAGGUAAAAGCCGAGAGAGAAAAAUUGAAGAAGACGGAAAAAGGUGAGUUAUGAACAAUCUACAACCGGAAGAAGAAAGUGUAUCUUCAGAUUGAAGAAGACAAGAAAAGUUGAGUUGUAUAAAUCUACAACCCGGAAUCUUGAACGACAAUCCAGCAGUACCCACCUUGUUGAAUCAUGCUGUUGCUAGUUCUCCAUUGGUUGAACUGUUGAAGCAUGAUGGUUAAUUUUUGCCCCUCCUUUGCUGGAAAGUAAGCCUAAUUGACAUGCAUUAGUUUGGUUCGCUUGUAGUUAUGUGUACCCUAUGUGUGUACAAUGCGAUUAAGUUGCUGACUGGUACUC